AUGUUGUUCUCGAGGUUUUUGUUGGCGCCAGUCCAUCUGGUGGAGUGUCCACGCGACGCGAUGCAGGGGAUCCCUCACUUUAUUCCAACAGCGCACAAGGUCCGUUAUUUGAAUGCGCUCUUGAAGUGUGGGUUUCAUACAAUUGAUUGUGCCUCAUUUGUCUCUGCGCGGGCCGUGCCGCAGAUGCGAGAUAGUGCGGAAGUGCUUGCCGGCUGCAACCGUGCACUCCUAAUGGGCGGAAAUGCCCCAAAGCUUUUAGUCGUGGUUGCAUCUCAGGCAGGGUUUAAGCGGGCAAUUGAAACGCCUAUUCUGAGCGUCAUUGGGUACCCACUCUCCUGCUGUGAAAGGUUUCAACAACUCAAUACGAAGAAGAGCAUUGCGGAGGCUCUGGACGAUGUUAGGCACAUGCAGAAUGUUGUGCUAGAUGCGAAUGCUGCGAUACAAUCCAGCAUUGGACUUCCAUUGGGCGUCACCAAGAAGAAGGAAAUGGUUGUUUACCUUUCUAUGGCGUUUGGUAACCCAUAUAGAGAACAUUACAGUCCAGAAGUUGUGGAGAGGCUUGCUUCAGAGUUGGCUUCUAUUGGAGUGCGCAGAAUCAGUCUUGCUGAUACCGUUGGUGUCUCAGAGCCGCAGAUGACGUAUGAUCUUUUUAAACGAUUGCAAAAGAAGUUUCCUGAAAUUUCUUUUGGUGCACACUUUCACAGUGAUACAGCAACAUCCAAAGAAAAGAUAAAUGCGGCGUUGGAUGCGGGAUGCAAGCUAUUUGACAGUGCACUUGGGGGCAUGGGGGGCUGUCCGUUUGCAAGGAAGAACGACCUUGUUGGUAAUGUGGCGACGGAAACUGUGCUGCAGGUACUAGAAGAGCGCAACCUCCUACCUGCAGCGAUUGACCGCAAACAAAUAAAAGAGUGUAUCCUUCUUAAGCAACACAUAUUUGGAGUCACGGUGAAGGACAUGCUGUUGUCACAGAGCCUUCGUGAUGAAAAGUGUUUUGCACAACUGUGUCAGGAACACUUUAAAUUGUACGAUGCCGAUGACAAUGGAAUGCUGGACUACGACGGUUUCCGCUCAAGCAUGCUUGGGGUCUUUGAAGAGUUGGGCUGUGAGGCACCCAGCGAGGAAAAAAUCCGCUCAAGCUUUCACAAAAUUGACCUGCAGAAGCUUGGGAGCAUCACAGUUGACGCCUAUAUGAUGGGUGCUAGACGACUUCUUUUGAAGCGACUGAGUUUUUUUCCCAAAUCGAAGUCUGAUAAGAGUUGCGGUUAUCACCAACCCCUUGCCGCCUAG